AUCACCAUCCACUCCAGAAGUACCGGGGCAAAUAGACUGUACUUUCAUGCUAACCGAAACUAGAUGAUAACUGUAAACACAUUAAUUUAUCGAAAAGUACAGACAGGAGCAUACCUUCAUCAGUCUGCCGUAACAGCAGUAUGGAUGCAGAAGGGUUUGGGGAACUUCUGCAGCAGGCAGAGCAGCUGGCUGCUGAGACAGAAGCCGUGUCUGAGCUGCCACAUGUUGAGAGGAACCUUCAAGAAAUCCAGCAGGCCGGGGAGAGGCUUCGAUCUCGCACCUUGACCCGCACCUCCCAAGAUGCAGCAGACGUAAAAGCGUCCAUCCUUCUUGGUUCCAGAGGUUUAGAUGUCUUCCACAUUUCUCAGAGAUUGGAAAGUCUAAGUGCAGCAACCACCUUUGAGCCCCUGGAGCCAGUCAAAGACACUGAUAUACAGGGCUUCUUAAAGAACGAGAGGGACAACGCCCUCCUGUCAGCCAUCGAGGAGUCGCGCCGCAGGACGUUCCUGUUGGCUGAAGAGUACCACCGCGAGUCCAUGCUGGUUCAGUGGGAGCAGGUGAAGCAGAGGGUGCUGCACACACUAAUUGGAGCUGGAGAAGAUGCUCUGGAUUUCAGCCAGGAUGUGGAGCCCAGCUUUGUGAGUGAGGUGACGGCUCCAGGACGAAGCGCACUAGACAGCGUAGAGGUAGCCUAUGGACGGCAGAUUUACAUUUUCAAUGAGAAGAUAGUGAAUGGGCACAUUCAGCCUAAUCUGGGAGAUUUGUGUGCUUCGGUGGCAGAAAGCCUGGAUGACAAGAAUGUGUCAGACAUGUGGCUGAUGGUGAAGCAGAUGACGGACGUGUUGCUGGUUCCAGCCAAAGACACCCUCAAGAGCCGCACCUCGGUUGAAAUGCAAAUGGCCUUUGUUCGUCAGGCGCUCACCUUCCUGGAGAACAGCUAUAAAAACUACACCAUGAUGACCGUUUUUGGGAACCUCCAUCAAGCCCAAUUAGGAGGGGUGCCAGGAACAUACCAACUAGUCCGCAGCUUCCUCAACAUCAAACUACCAGGACCCCUACCUGGCAUGCAGGAUGGUGAGAUAGAAGGCCACCCUGUUUGGGCGGUGAUCUACUACUGUCUGCGCUGUGGUGAUCUAAAUGCAGCCAUGCAGGUGGUAAACAGAGUGCAACACCAGCUGGGAGACUUCAAGACUUGGUUUCAGGAGUAUAUAAACAGCCCGGACCGACGCCUCUCCCCGACUUCAGAGAACAAGGUUCGUCUUCACUACCGCAGGGUGCUGAGGAACAGCGCCGACCCCUACAAGAGAGCCGUCUACUGCCUGAUCGGGAAAUGUGACAUCAGCGAUAACCACGGGGAGGUGGCAGACAAGACGGAGGACUACCUCUGGCUUAAGUUGAACCAGGUGUGUUUUGAUGACGACGGCAGCAGUUCUCCUCAGGACAGACUCACUCUGCCGCAGCUUCAGAAGCAGCUGCUGGAAGACUAUGGAGAGUCGCACUUCUCUGCGAGCCAGCAGCCCUUCCUGUAUUUCCAGGUGCUGUUCCUGACUGCUCAGUUUGAGGCAGCAGUGGCGUUCUUGUUUCGCGUAGAGAGACUUCGUAGUCACGCCGUGCACGUUGCGCUGGUCCUGUACGAGCUGCGGCUGCUGCUGAAGUCGUCCGGUCAAAGCGCUCAGCUCUUGAGUCAGGAGCCUGGUGACCCUCCAAUGGUGCAUCGCCUAAACUUUAUUCGUCUGCUGAUGCUGUACACUCGCAAGUUUGAGUCCACAGAUCCGCGGGAAGCUCUGCAGUAUUUCUACUUCUUACGCAAUGAGAAAGACAGCCAAGGAGAAAACAUGUUCAUGCGUUGUGUCAGUGAACUCGUCAUUGAGAGUCGAGAGUUUGACGUGCUGUUGGGAAGAUUAGAGAAGGAUGGCAGCAGGAAGCCUGGAGUCAUUGAUAAAUUUGCCGGCGACACCAGAGCCAUCAUCAGCAAAGUGGCUUUAGAGGCCGAGAGCAAAGGCUUGUUUGAGGAGGCGGUGAAACUCUACGAGCUGGCCAAGAAACCAGAUAAGGUGUUGGAGCUGAUGAACAGGCUGCUGAGUCCAGUCAUCGCCCAGGUCAGCGCUCCUCAGUCCAACAAGGAGAGGCUAAAGAACGCAGCCGUGGCCAUCGCUGAGAGGUAUCGCUCCCAGGGGACAGCAGGAGAAAAGUCCGUUGAUAGUACUUUCUACCUGCUUUUGGACCUGAUGACCUUCUUCGACGAGUACCAUGCAGGUCACGUGGACCGAGCCUACAACGUGAUGGAGCGUUUGAAGCUGCUUCCCCUCAGUCAGGACAGCGUGGAGGAGCGAGUAGCUGCUUUCAGGAACUUCAGCGAUGAGGUGCGUCACAACCUGUCUGAAGUGCUGCUGGCCACCAUGAACAUCCUCUUCACCCAGUACAAGCGGCUGAAAGGGGCGGCAGCAGGGACACCAGGACGGCCUCAGAGGACCGCGGAGGACAGAGACAUGAUAGAGUUUACACACACACACGCAGCUGCGCGGCCAGGCCAGAGGUCUGAUCACCUUCGCCGGCAUGAUUCCCUACAACAUGGCCGGAGACACCAACGCCAGACUGGUGCAGAUGGAAUUACUGAUGAACUGACACACACACACACACACACACACACCUCUUCCAGCAGACUUGUGGAGUUGAAGCAUCACACACACACUCACCUGUGUGCCGUGUCGGUGUGUUCGUGCUGAGUGAUGCAUGCUUGUUUCAUCCGUCUGAGCUCCUGUCAUCUGCUGUUUUGUUCUGGUUUUGUUGUUUGUACCUUUAAUGAUUUCAAUAAAAACUAGGUUUACUUUUCA